GCAACUCCAGCUCAAGCGACCUGCGGCUGGCGGACGGGCCACACCGAUGUGCUGGGAGGGUGGAGGUGCUCUACGCCGGGCAGUGGGGGACGGUCUGCGACGAUGGCUGGGACCUGAACGAUGCGGCGGUGGUGUGCCGGCAGCUGGGCUGCGGCAGAGUGGAGGCAGCUCCUGUCCAGGCUCGCUUUGGGAUGGCGACGGGGCGCAUCUGGCUGGACGACGUGGCCUGUACGGGGAGCGAGGAAGCCCUGUCCCAGUGUCGAGCCCGUCCUUGGGGGCAAACCAACUGCCAUCAUGGGGAAGACGCCAGCGUGAUGUGUGCAGUGGUGUGCCGGCAGCUGGGCUGCGGCAGGGCCAUGGUGGCCCACGGCCGGGCUCGCUUCGGGCAGGGGACAGGGCACAUCUGGCUGGACGACAUGAGCUGCAGCGGGAGCGAGGACAACAUCGCCCAGUGCCCAGCUCGUCCCUGGGGACAGAGUAACUGCAACCAUGGAGAAGACGCCGGCGUCGUGUGCUCAGACGCCGGCACAGCCAACACAUCGACCAUCCGGCUGGUGAAUGGCCCGCACCGCUGCGCCGGGAGGGUGGAGGUCCUCCACAACCAGCAAUGGGGGACGGUCUGCGACGACGGCUGGGACCUGAAGGAC